UUCCUGUAGGGGAGCCGCGGCUACCCCCGCUCAGCUGACCAAUAGGAUGACACUUCCUGGAGCAAUAGAGACUCGGCUGCAGCAUAGAAGAGUCCUCCAGCGGAUAGAGUGUCUCGUCCCCUCCGUGAUAUUCUGUGCUGGGUUGCAGUCAUGUCCUACGCUUAUCUCUUCAAAUACAUCAUUAUCGGGGACACAGGUGUGGGAAAAUCCUGUCUACUGCUACAGUUUACUGAUAAGAGAUUUCAGCCUGUUCAUGAUUUGACAAUAGGAGUUGAGUUUGGGGCCCGAAUGAUCAAUAUUGAUGGAAAACCUAUCAAACUGCAGAUAUGGGACACAGCUGGACAGGAAAGUUUCCGUUCUAUAACACGGUCUUAUUACAGAGGUGCUGCAGGAGCGCUGCUUGUGUAUGAUAUCACGAGGCGGGAAACAUUUAGCCACCUCACCUCAUGGUUGGAAGAUGCUCGGCAGCACUCUAGUAGCAAUAUGGUCAUCAUACUGAUUGGAAACAAAAGUGACCUUGAGGGCCGUAGAGAUGUUUCCAGGGAGGAAGGAGAAGCAUUUGCCCGUGAACAUGGACUGAUAUUUAUGGAAACUUCUGCCAAAACGGCAGCCAAUGUAGAAGAGGCCUUUAUUGGUACUGCCAAAGAAAUAUACAAGAAAAUUCAACUUGGACUCUUUGAUGUAAAUAAUGAGGCAAAUGGAAUCAAGGUUGGACCUCAACAAUCAUUAACUGAGCCACUAGGGGGAGCACGACAGAACCAGGCAGAAGGGAGAGGUUCUUCUGGAUGCUGCUAAGAAUAAAUGGUCGUAUCUAAAGAUGAAAAGGGUUCCAAUUUCUGGCUCGCCCUGUCUGUGCGCCUCUUUCCUAUUUUAGUGUUUUGUCUUUCUCUUCCUAUUUAAGAUUAAAAAAUGUCCUCUAAACCUAUUUCAAUGCACACAAGAGGUAUUAUUUUCUUCUAGAGUCCCAGUGUUAUUUCAUUCUCCUGCUCAGUGUAGCAACUCCAGAUAAGUGUUUCGGUAUUAGCAGCAUUUAUACUAUUAUAUUACAAUUCGUUUAAAUGAAGAAGAAAACAAAGCCGUUUACAUUCCACUGUUUCCAUAUUAAAUGUGGAACUGCAAAGGGAAAUUGUAACCAAAUCUAUACCUUUGUGGCUUACUAGUGACACAGACACCCGGUGGGGUUAUAUAUGAAGGCGAGUGGUAGUUACCAGCUUAUCCUUCUAGUGAAAUCUAAGCAUUGCCUUUAACAACACCUUCAGUUUUCAUGGAGGAGCCUUGAUAUGUGAACAGGGUACCUGACUUGUAUCUGCUAGACAUCAUAUCACCCUUCAGGGGUUAAGAAUGUGCAGAUGUCUUAUGGCACUGUAGUGCAUAUUCUGUAGUUGCCUGAUAGGUUCUAUAGUAAUGCACAUUUCUAGAUACUUAUCUGGAUCAAGGGGUAAAAGUAAAGUUAAAAGGGGUACUCUCGUGGAAAUUUUUUUUUUUUUU